AUGACUUUCCUCUUCAACAACACAUACUUCAAGUUUAAUAACACAUUUUACAGACAUUUAUAUGGCACACUGAUGGGUAGUUGCAUUUCCUCGCUUACAGCAGAUCUAGCAAUGGAUGACUUGGAGAAAUGGUGCUUGAAGGAGUUGAAAAAACAGAAAAACCAAUCUGCGUCGCAUCCAGGACUGUCAAAAGCAGAACAAAGAUACGCAGUCAUACACAAAGAAGCUCUAGCAAUAUAUUGGAGUUGCAAGAAGUUCUACCAGUACCUACGUGGUCGACACUUCGAGUUGUACUGCGAUCGUAAGCCACUGAUGGCUAUAUUAGGCGAGAAGCGAGACAUCCCCCAGAUGAUAGCCGGACAGUUGCAGCGCUGGGCCUGCUUCCUAAGCGGAUUUGACUACACUUUCAAUUAUGUGAAGGGUAAGGACAACGGCGGAGCAGAUGGUUUAUCGAGGUUGCCAAUCACCAGUCAAGAAUCUGAAGAACCUGAAAUCGACUACGUAAGAUUCAUCAUCGAAGACAAAUUGCCAGUGGAUCAUGCACAAAUCAAGAAAGCAACGCGCACUGAUCCAAUACUAAGUAAAGUGUUUAUGUACACACGAGAUGGUUGGCCCGAAAGUAUCGACGACGCGUUAAAGCCAUACUUUCACCAUUUAUCAGAAUUAAGCAUCAAUCAAGAUUUACUUAUAUGGGGCUACAGAGUCCUAAUUCCAAAAAAACACCGCCUCAGAACACUUGAAGAGCUACACUCAAUGCACCUGGGUGCGAGUAAGAUGAAAGCUAUGGCUAGGCAGUAUUUUUGGUGGCCUAAAUUGGAUACAGAUAUCGAGCAGUACGCCAAAAGCUACGACGUCUGCAACACUUAUGCACCAAAUCCGAAUAAGGCCGAGCUUUUUAAAUAA